CUUAGCUGUUCCGGCACACAUCUCCUACAGAGGUGAAAUACUCACUGUCUUAGACACCUACAAAGGAAGACUGCUCUGAACCGCAGGACUGCUGUCCCCUGAGGGGUAGGAGCAGCCAUCACAUCCCACUGGGUUGUACCAAAGUGGCACCUCAGCAGUUCUAGUCCUUUAUUGUUCUGCUCUGAGUAGAUUCAGCCCGCACAAAACUGAAUUCUGUUCUUAAUGAACACUUCCAGUCCUCAUAGUGACACAUUUUCUUGGAGUUGUCCCAUUUCCCAGUGUGUUCCAGCCAGAGGGAACCAUUCAUGAUAUUGUGAGCAAUGUGUAGUUACGGUUAUUGUUAUUUCAGCUAUUCAUAACGUUCAGUGGUGCACUUUCUUAAUGGGGGUUGGUUAGUUCCCUUGUAGUUGCACAUCCUGCCCACAACUGGCACUUGUGUUGAUGUGCAGGCAGGAAGUUCCUCCCUCUGAAGCAAUCAUGGAGUAAGAAAAAGCUUGAGGGUUUGAUGCUAUUUUAAGAAGAGUUUCUCAGGCAACUAAAUUCAGUGAAAGAGAUCUUCUCUGAGGUUUUUAUUUCAGCUAACCGUUUACCAGUUUACGUGUUAGUAGAACCAUAUAAAAAUGCAGUACUUCACCAAAAAGACAAACAUAACUCAAGAACAUCCUGCUAAAAGAAAUUAAUGUAGAUUUUCAUCAACAUGAAAGCCAGCAGAGCAUACAGGAGGUUUAUUUUGUUGAACAGGAAACAGUUUGAGCUUCCAUUAUCAAUGAAUGAGUGUGUAAAAGAAAAAAAAUAAAAAUAAAAUUGCUCGUUACUGCAGAAAAUUUGCUAAUCCAGAGAGACAGAAUCUGCACCACAAUAGAAAAGUGAAAAUAUAAUGACUAAUCACACCCAGAAGAGAAGCAGCAUCUGUUGCCUUCCUGAAAAAGGUAUGAUGUUGCUGAUAAAUUUUCUGUUGACCCAUACGUAUUAAUUCAGAUGGAUUUGCAAGGAGAUGGUCUUACUAGUGUACCAGGUUGGUAGCAGAGUGGAUGAAAAAAAAAAAUAUAAGAGAACCUUAGUUUCUCUGAGAAGCUCUAGAAGGGAAUUCCACAUAAGCAAAGAUCAAGAGCGAAUGAGAAUAGACUGUGAAAAAACUGAAAAAAUGGGAUAAGAAGCGAUCUACAAAACACACGGGGAAAGGUGAGGUAUUUAGAGCUACAGAGACACCCAUCUACAGCAUUUCGGAAGAAAAUGCAUGUAACAGAUGAAGGGUUGCUGCUAUUAAAGCAGUUUGGUCACAGAGGGUUGCAACAGAAAACUGCACUGGCACACCAUCACAGCAAGAAGCCUGCAGGCUCAAGUUCUGCUUGACAUGGCCAUGUUCUACUAGACCUGCCAUGACGGCAUUUUUUCCCAGUGUUCCCAACUGGAUUCAAGAUGCAAAGCAGGAGGAGGAAGAGACAGGCUGGAAAUUAGUCCCCAGACCAAGAGGUGAAGAGACCGAAAGUCAGGGAAAAUGCCAAUGUGAAAUAUCGGAGACCUCCUUCACUAAUGUGGACAAGCUGAGAACUCACACACUUUCUCAUACUGAGCAGAGACCAUACAACUGCCCUCAGCUGCACUGUGGCAAAGCCUUUGCUUCUAAGUACAAGCUAUAUAGGCAUAUGGCCACGCACUCUGCUCAGAAGCCUCAUCAGUGUAUGUACUGCGAGAAGAUGUUUCACCGGAAAGAUCACCUUCGCAACCACCUGCAGACCCACGAUCCCAACAAGGAGGCCCUCCACUGUCCUGAGUGUGGCAAGAACUACAACACGAAACUUGGCUUCAGGCGACAUCUGGCCAUGCACGCAGCUGCCAGCGGUGAUCUCAGCUGCAAGGUAUGCCUCCAGACGUUUGAAAGUACCCAAGUCCUCCUGGAGCACCUCAAAGCUCAUUCUAGGCGGGCUUCUGGUGGAGCAAAGGAAAAGAAGCAUCCAUGUGACCACUGUGACAGGCGCUUCUACACCCGAAAAGAUGUGCGGAGACACUUGGUAGUGCACACGGGGCGGAAGGACUUCUUGUGCCAGUACUGUGCUCAGAGGUUUGGGCGGAAAGAUCAUCUGACCAGGCACAUGAAGAAAAGCCACUCCCAGGAACUGCUGAAGAUUAAGACAGAGCCAGUUGACAUGUUGGGUCUCCUCAGCUGCAGCUCAUCUGUCGCAGUGAAAGAAGAGCUGAGUCCCGUCCUUUGCAUGGCAUCCAGAGACAUGAUAGGUGGUAAGAGCUUCCCUGGCAUGUUGCCUGUGGGCAUGUACAGCACACAUCUCCAAACCAUGCCAAGCUCAGGGAUGCCCCAUUCUUUGGUUCCUAAUUCUCUUCCAAUGGGAAUGAGCUAUCCUCUGGAGUCUUCUUCUCCCAUCUCCUCCCCACCGCAACCUCCUCCAAAGUAUCAGCUUGGAUCUACCUCAUAUUUGCCUGAGAAACUACCCAAAGUAGAGGUGGACAGCUUUUUGUCAGACUUCCCUGGCAGCCUGUCUCUCUCAUCUGGUGAGCCUCAGUCCUCUUCGCCUCAGCCGCCCCCCCUGGAUGAGGCUUUGCUUUCCAAGAGCCCUGCUAACCUUUCAGAGGCUCUCUGUGCUGCUAACAUGGACUUUUCUCAUCUUCUUGGCUUCCUCCCCCUAAAUCUUCCUCCUUGCAAUCCACCUGUAUCAUCAGGGGGAUUGGUCAUGGGCUACUCACAGGGGGAGACACAGCCACUGCUUACCACUUUGCAACAUCAACCUCAAGAAUCUCCUGGAGCUGGGGCCUCGCUGAACUUUGGGCCCCUUCAUUCAUUGCCCCCUGUCUUCACCUCCAGCUUGAGCACAACCACGCUGCCACGUUUCCACCAGGCAUUCCAAUAAGCUGAAAAUAGCACUGGAGAACAGAUCUUUCAGUCGCCCUUUUGUGGAGAGCCUUAAAAACGCACAACUCUUACUUCCCUUUGGGGUGUAAAAGCUUUGCAAAGCUGUUUCAGGCAGGAAGUUUCUGAUCUCUGGAGGGAGCACUUGUAGACUGGAACAGCAGAUAUCCCCAUGCAAAUCCCAGUCCUGUACAGCAAAAAGAUGUCAGCUAAUAGACUGGAUAUAUUUUAUCUAAUUUUUAAUCUGUGAAUCAGGAGCCGCGCUUAGCACUGACCUUCCCUGAGAUCCUGGAGCUAUGUUCCUCUUUGGGAAGGGACUGUCCCUGAGAAGGAGUUGAGACUCUUUCAUCUUGGGCUUAACUUUUGAAGAGUCCAGCUUCCAUUUCAUGUUACCACACUGCAAUUCUGGCAAAACAGCCAACACCUCCACACGGAGAAGGAGGAGAAGUCAAGAUACCCGCUCUGUAUGAAGCCAACGGGGAAGAGGCUGUCCUUCCCCACUACCUCUCAUCCCGUCACCGAAUACAUCUUACUCCACGGAAUACAGCUUACUCCACAUCAGUGUUAAGCAACAAGACCGUUUACAUAGUGAAUUCAGAGACGUCACCUCAUUCUUCUCUGUGGAGCCGUCAGGUUAAACUCAUUACAGUGAACAUUGUUUACACAACACAAACCUGUUUCCACCAUUACAAAAAUAGGAGGCACCAGAACACACUGGUUUUAUAUCUGGUGUAGCUAGAACACUGUUUACACAACGAAGUCAGGUUGCACUGAUUUCUCUUCACGUAUCAUGUUCUUCCCCCAUGGGGAAAUACACUGCUUUUUGGACCACUUCAGCCUCUGCCGCUGUAGGCAACAGCUUCCCGCGUUUUCUCUCUGGCUAUCCACACGUCAAGGGGAUGGAGCAGCUCUCACAGCUUUGCUUGUUUUUGUUCUGUAUGGAUAAAGCCCUUUUCUUUUAAGUAUCUCCCACAAGCAAACAGAUCAUGCAUCUGUUCUGUAAACCAAAGCAUGUGAAAAAGCUGGGUUAGGAGCUUGGGUGUCGUACCAGGCAGAUGAGAACAGGCUGCAGGCUCCCACUCCAUAGGUUCCCUUGAGAUGAGGAACAGAGUAUGAGUUUCUAGGGUUUUUUUUUUUUUUACCACAGCAGUUCAGUGAGGUCAGUACCCUUUUGGCUUAUCCAUGAAGCAGUCUCAAGAGGUGUAUUUUUACCUCAGUCCUAAGGUGAUAACAUCCAGGAAUCAGGAAGAAAAAUUGGUCCCAGCUUCACAUACACUCUGUUGGUAUAUUUGAAGCAUUUUCCCCAACACUAAUAGUUCUAAUAAACGCUGAGGGUUUGGGCCUGCAGUCACCCUUUCACUUAGGAUUUGAUUCCACUGGCCUUUUUGUUCUCUCCUUCUCAAGCCUUGUCCCUUGAAGUUAAGGUCCUGCUUCCCCUGCACCACCUCUUAAAUUCUUCCAUGGACUGUCUACCUACUGAGGGCAGAAGGGUUACACUGUGAAGUGGCAGUGAGGCUGCUGAUGUCAUUUAGCAUCUGUAUCGUCUCCUGCUCUCAUUUUCCUGGGCACUUGUACUGCAGAUGGUAACAUACGGAGGUCGAUCUCACUAUACGUUGGUGCGUGUCUAUAGACACAGAUCUUCAUACCUCAGAAUGGAAGAGCCAUUGUAGGCCAAUAUAAACCAGGAAAUCCGUCAAUAUUGUUCUCCAUAAAUCUAGAAAAUGCAAGAUCUACCUCUACUCUGUUAUCUCAGCUCCUUCAGCGACACCAGAUGCUGUCCUCCCUCAUCUCCCCCAAGUACAGCCAUUUCAGUCAGUGUGUAUUACUUUCUGCUGAGCCAUUGAUCCCACAGCGUGACAUUAGCCGUGCCUCAUUUGUUCAUAGGCUUGUCCCCCUUCCAUUUUACUCAAGAAUUUUAUUUUUAAUUUAGCUUAGUAAUUCUUCCCAGAAUGACUGUUUAGUGAUCCAUUGAUUUUCCAAAACAUAGAUCAGUUGUUUUAGGUUAGCCAGCAAUGCUGCAAAUAAUACUUUUGUAUCAAAAUGUAAUAUAAGAUUUAUUUACCUCAGCAAUAUCCUGUGGCAAUGAUCUCCCUGAGUUAAAUGCAGUACUUCCUUUUCUCCACUGUAAAAUGUUGCCUUUCAAAGUUCAACGAGUGCCUUCUUGUUCUCUAACAUAGAAAAGGUAAAUAGGGCAUUUCAGCUAGUCUUCUGUUUACCGUCAUUGAAUACCUCAGGUCUGUCUUCUGUCGCUUUUCUCUUUGCAAAGUAAAGAGUUUCACGCUGUUAUCUGAUAUGCAAGCCUUAUCCCUGUCUUCAGUUGAGACGAUUUUUUUUUUUUUUUGGCAAAUAAAUGGUCAGAACCGAUCACAUACAGCAAGUGAGGAUUAUCAGAUUUAUGCAAUGCCAUCUUCCAUUUCAGAACAUUCAGCUUUCUUGCUUUUUGCCUGCAUUGUACUCUGAACACAUGUCAUCACUGGAAUUCCUUUAGCAGUGGUAGCUAAACUUAGAGUCAGGCAUCUUUUUCCUACCAGUAGUCUGUCAAAGAAUAAAUGGAAUUCAUUUUGCUAUUAUUUGCACGUGUGAUUUGCUUUCCGCAGCUAUUCUAACAAGCAGAAUUGCAAUAACAUUUGUUAACAAAAGGAGAAUCUAAACCAGUAAAGGGAGCGUGUUCGGAGAUGGCACGCUGGAGCUAAUACUGGGUAUUUGCACUGGAAAAUGGAUUUGAAGUUCCUGUUCCGCAACAGAGCUUAUCACCUGCAAGUAUUGUGUCAGCCAGUCUAAAACUAAUGAGGCUACUUCCAUUUGAAAUACUAAGCACGCAAUUCACAAAACAAAUUAUUUCCUAAAGCUAGGCAGCAAACAACUUUUACCUGUUCCUAAGAAAAACUGAGCAUCUAAGAUACACAACUUGGGACCCUAAGUUCAUUAGGAAGUACGUACCGAGCUGUUAGGAAAAUCAGAAGAAGUCAGCUUGGACAAGCUCCUGCUCAUGCGACUGUCGGUAAAACACUGAGGAAGAUUGCUGCAGCACAGCCUGGAAAACUGUUCUGUGGUUUAUCUGCAGGACAUUUGUGCACGAGGGAAUGGUGGCCAUUGUGCUUGUUAGGUGAUAUAAAGAAAAAGAGUUUCAUCCCAGAAAGGGUUUGGGGUUUUGUUUGUUUGUUUGUUUUGAGGGUUUGGGGGUUUUUUGUUUUUAAAUCAAGGUUUAGGGAUGUUUAAGUGAACAUGCUACUUUCUCUCCCAAGAUCAUUAUUAAAAUAGGGAAUGGGAGACUGCAGGGAAGCAUGACAAACAUGAAACACACACCCAUAGCAUCAGUGUCCAUGAAGACAGAACCAAGCAUUACACUCAGAUACAGGCAUUCCUUGGCUGAUCAUCGAGGACCACGAGUUAAGGACUCCAAGUACAGGAGACCACUGCGAGUCAGCCAGGACAAAUACAAAUUAAGCCAUUUGGGGAGGCAGAAAAUGCUUUUGAUGGAAGAGAGGAGUUCUUAAAGCGGUAUUUUCAAAGAGGCUCAAUGAACACAGGUGACGGGAAGCUAGGCUGGACUUUACACCGAGGUAGGACAGCAGAGAAGCCCUGAGAUUUGAGACACCAAGCACCAGCUGUAUGAAAGCAAGACAACUCAGAGCAUGAACCUGCCAGAACUGAUGAAACUCACCUGUAAUAAACACCAUGCCAGUAGAAAUCUCACACUCUUAUCCCACAAACAGUGUACAAGGCAGCCACUAAAGAUGUUGAGCAUUUUAAGUGCUAAAUGAAAGUUGUCUUCAGUGGCAGAGCCCUGUGAACCACCCUGUUAUAUCAUUAUUCCAGGCACAUCUGUAUUGGAAAGGUGGCAUCAGAUUGAGCCUGAGAGGAGCAACUACAGCAAAUAAUUGGUCAGGAGGGUUAAGUAAAGGAGUGUUUUAAAGCAUGGCUGACAUGGGGGGUUCAGGACCUGUAGGAACUGUGCAGACAACCAAGAUAUAAAAUCAUAGAGCACAAGGCUGUGAAAGGAAAGGACACAAAUAUGCCAGCAAUUAUAAAUCAGACCCUAGAUUCUCAGAAAGGCAAAGACAUAAUGUCCCCCUAGAAAUAAGAAUUAUUCCAGUUUGCUCGUUAGAAAAUACACAAGACAAGCCAUUUCCAUGGCAGCAGAGGGUUAACUCACCUAGCCAGUCCUUCCCAGGCUCAGAUUUCUAGAGCUGUGUGAAAGUCUGGAGAUCUUUUUUCCCCAUGGGAUUACAGCUCGCUCAAAAUCCAUUUGUAUGAAGGAACGUGUUAACUUGCAUUUGCUUCCACUGAAUUUCACUUGACAGAAUAUCCACGUACAGCGUUUUGACAGACCCUGUUCAGCUGUCUCACAAUAGUGCCUGCUCUUUAGCCUCAGUGUUGAAAAAUGUUGUCACUUCAAUGGGAAUCCCUUUUUUCCCUCCGGUAGAUUGAUGAUUUCAGUACUUUUGUUGGGAGCUCAGCUCUUUGUUCUUUAAUUCCUUCCUUGCUGACAGGUGAAUAGCAGCUGCUUGGAAGAUUUCCUGCAGUUCACUGAAAAAUCCCCAUUUUCUUUCUCUACCAUUGCAUCACCUUUGCUAUCUGGAAAGAAUAAUCCUGCAGAGGCAUUUUCUACUGCCUGCAAUUAAAAUUUUUACAAAGAAAUCUUCAAAGAUGCUCUCCCCAUCACCCUACCUUCUUGCUUAUCCUCUCUAAUCCUAGUUACUCAGGCUCACUGAAUUCUCCCUCGGGUGCCUAUUUUUAGUUAAUUGCUUGCCCAAACCCUGUAGAUACUCUGCCACCAAAGAGCGAAGUGGAUGAAUGGCUUGAACAGAACCGCUUCAUUAAAACUUUAUGGGUUUCCAUCUUUAUCCAAAAUUUGCUUCUUUUUUGUAACUUAUUUCUUGUAUUUUUCCAUCUGAAGCUCCAACUACAAUCUCGCCCGACACCCACCUGUAGAAAGCAGUUUGGUUUUGCCUGGUCUGCUGGACCAGGACUUGGGAAACCCGGACCCUGUUCUCACUUGUAUCACCAACCCUGGCACCUCUCACCCUUUCUGUGCCCGUUUCCCUGCAACGGGCCACAGCAAUACUGACCCUCCCUCCUAAAGCAGCGGGAAGCUGCCCAGGGAAACACGCCUUUACUACUGACACAGCUUUCUUGCAGGACCACUAUUUCCCACUCCCCCUACCACCACCACAUUAGUAGACUCCUCUCAGGUUUUGCUGUCCCUGCCGCACAAUUCAUGUGUGCUCACAUCAGGCUCACCUCCAUACUAUUCCCCCCACCCUGCAACAUACUCGCUUCAUUCUGGUGAGUAACCAGGAUCCCUUAGGAAUCCUUCCACCUGUUUCAGCCAUUCUGUACCUCCAGGUAAGGAGUUUUCUUCCAGAGCGCUUCCUCAGCGGGCUCCUGCGUGAUCUGCACCCGCAGCCGUCUCCACACCAUUACACAGACCACUUUCCACUAAACGCUUUAGGCUGCCACAGAAACAGGUCAAGCAAAAAUUGAACCCGUGAUCAGAAAAUGAUACCCAGAAAACAAAUCAUGUUCUGCUUCUCACAAAUCUACACCAUGAGAUUAGCUUGGCUUUCCUAUCAAAAGUACUUUUUAUUUCUUAUGCGCACAGGUAGGCUUGCAGGAAGAGACUGAAGCAUCUUCCUCACUGUAUGCUCAUAGCUGAAGCUAGGUCUGCAGUCGUCCUUUCCACCAGUGCCUAAAUAUUGGCAUGCACAAAGAAUGUACGUGACAUGGAGGUAGCAUCUCUGUAUCGGGAGAUCACAGCGACAAGGAAAGAUAAAGGCAAUGUGAAAGAUGAAGAAAAGGGAAUUUGGAAUCCAUUUUUUUUAAUUACUAUUAAAUAGGUCAGCUCUUCAGUUAAGGGAACAAUCCUCAACAUGAAAGUGUCUUGUUAAAAACAACCAUCCCUCAUUUUAACAGUCAUCUUCACCAUCCAUCUCACAUACUGUCUUUCUUUGAAACUACUAUGCAAGUGGAUAACCAGCUGUCACACAGAACGUACCGAGAUGAUCAGGGACAGCUCUGUGUGCAGCCUGCAGGAUGGGAACAGCUACAGCAUCUGUCGCUCGGCACGUGGUCCCUGGCUAGUUUAGCAUCCAGGCAAACAGAUCACAUACCUGCCCCCAGCUGCCCAUUUUCCUCUGCAGUUCAGUGUCUUGCACUUGAAGGUAACACAGAAGUUUCUGCUUAUGGAACUCACCAGCACACCCCGCUUCAAGAUGUGACUGAAAACGGUGCACAAGCCUGCAUGUUCGAGCAGAGAGCUGGCAGUGGGAGCAAGCAGAUUCCAUAACUCCGGCUAGAAGCCUGUCUUGAGUUUACGACUUCUCCUUGCCCUACUGAGUGCCUCAGCCUUGACUGCUUUGUGGGUUUUUCCCCCACUCUGGUGAUCCCUAAUAUCUAGAAACUAUUUUUAGAAAGGUUGUUUUGUAACAUUUGUACCAGUAUUUUCCUUAAACAAGGAUAUUGAACAAAAAUGGAGAUGUCUGCCUUCGAGGUGGUCCGACAACCGAGUGGUUGCGAGAGGGAGGACAGAGGGAACCUGUGGGGGCCGUGAAGAACUCGCCCCUGGGAGCAGUCGAGCUCUGAAACUGCUGCUGGACGAGAAGCUGCUGAGUGGCCUCUGCAGCCAGGAGUCACACCAAGAACCCUCUCCCGGGCAGGGCUGCCCCAGCACAAGCUCUGCCCUCCGUUGCAGGCUGCAGGAGCAGCUGACCAGAGGACAGCGUUCAAUCCAGAGCCCCCAAACGUCCCAUUGUAAGGGACAGAGCUCGAGAUUUCUCAGCGCUGGGACUGAUGGGAGAGAUUCAGUGUCUCUCCCUGGGGCUGACAUUCACACUGCCUAUUCUUGUGCUGGAUCUCGACAGAGCCAGUGCCUGACCUCCCUUCCUGCAGCUACAGCUGCCCAAGCCAGAAGCUUCCCAUUGUUAAAGCUCAACUGUUUUUCUAAAAGCAAACAUUCUAGCACUUUUACACACAGUGAAUGACCUCUUUUAAUGGAGUAUUUUGGGGGCUGUAAACAAGGUUUUUACAUUGUAAAAAUAUUAAGUGCCAUUAGGAAAUGUACAGGUAAUCACUAAAAUUAGCUCUUUCAUUGUCUUGCAAAAUGAAGUUCAAAUUGAAAGCAUUUUUUAUAAUGAAGUCGUUUAUUAAAAGCAUUUUAAUUAUCUGUCCCAGGUGUCUUCUUGGAGGGGAACGGGGAUUUUGGUUUAAGUAAAGACAGAAUCAUAAGGCAAGUCAAAGACCAGUUUCCUACAUGAACCCACACAGACUUGUUUCUUUCAAGCAAAGAAUUAGACCCAAAAAAAGGACACGGCACCCUGCUGGGGAUGCAGCGACAGCCGAUACCAUUAUCUCCUGCCAAGGAGAAUAACGUUUGUUAGACAGAAAGUUCUGGUCCCUUGGUUUACUAAAAUUACCAGCCCGCGUGGAAGCAUUUCAGAUGAGUACAGCCCACUCCCCGCUUCCAGAUAACCUCGCCACAUUUAGCUCCCCAGGACUGCGCUGUGCACAAGGGCAGAACCAGAACCAAACCUUAAAGCUUCAGCUACAACCAUCUGUCACCAGCCGCAGAAGCAUUUUAAAAGACAUGAAAAAGGGCAAAGAGCACCCUGCGCUCUCGGGAGUCUCUUCAGAAGAUGGUUUAAAGGCUGACAACCAUUUUCAGUGUUCAGGUACUUUUCUAGGUAUGAUCUAGUUGUCGUUCUUAAUGCAGUCGCUGGUAACGUGCUGUUUCCUCAGCAGUGCUUUCCUGCAGAGCGGAGGGCUACGACAUGACAUGACUACAGCAACACCGCUUCACUAGCCUGCCUAAAGAUGAAAAAUGAGUUCAGCACAGAUUGUCCUGUUGGUGGAGCUGAAGCCUUCCUUUGCCAUUUUCAAGGGGAGAAGAGACUACUCAGAUGAUUUUUUGAGUUUUAAGGUAUUUGCCUGCUCUGGUCUCAGCAGGUGAUCAGGGUCACAGACAUUCAUCAGCCCCCAACACUGGCAUCCCAUAACAUUCUCAACGCCACAAGAACAGUGAAUUCACUCUCCCUCCCUCAGUCAGCAUCUUUAACUGACGCUUGCUGCCUUCCUGCCACAUACAACCCCCAGCAAAAACACACAAUGCUGGGACAGACAGUAAACUGGAAGCUAAUGAUGAAGGCUUGGUUUCCACAGCACCAACAAACCUCCAAAGUACUACUCAGAGGAAGGAGAUGGCAGCUUCCUUCUGAGUUGUACUCUCACCUCUUGCUCUAAAGCACCAUGUAUUUGCCCAACGCUCUCAGCCUGUCAGCCACCCGACAGCCCUGCUCGAUCUGUUAGCGCUACACAAGUCAAACAACGCAUUUUGCACACAAGAGGAGAGUUGCUUAAGCAGUCUUACCAUGCAGUACAACGAAAACCAGAUCCAAACGCCUUGACUGGUGGCAUUUUAAUUACAAUACACGGCAGCACACAGGACAUGCCACUCUGGGAGAAACUUACUGCUCAGUCAAGUUGACCAGGAGAAAAAUACUACAAAGAAAACCACAGUGUAUUCCAAGCUCUGCUUCUGACUGAAGCCACAUGUCAAAGACCACGCAGGUGUCAAACAGGCUAAGUGUUAUGAAAAGAAAAUCCCAAGAGGUGGCUUAGGAGAACCCAGGAGAACAGGACAAUGGCAGAUUUAUUUACAAUAGGACACAAAGAAUACGUACAUUAAUUAAAAAUUACAAAGAAUACAGAGAAAACACUUUGGGGAAGGGAGAGAAAUCAAUGCUGGCUGAGCCUCUCCACUGGGGCAGGAGGGAAAAAAAAACAACCCAAACAACCAAAAUCUCAGAGAGGGAUCUCAAAUCAGAACCGACACAGGGCUCCACAGCACAGUUUGGCUCACACAUCCCCUGCUCCCUUUUUCCAUCCUUGAUUCCUGGCUGAUUAGACUUUGGCAUGAUGGGUGGCUGAAGAAGCUAUUAGGCAAGGCUGGAAACACGCAGUGCCAAGGAGUCAAGCCACACGGGAAGCCAGCUCCCUGCAGGGUAAGAGACAUUGGUCCUUGCGUGGACCUGGUGGAAAGUCUUAUGGCAAUCGGUUAAAAAAAAGGCCCAAACCCCUCAAGGGUGCACAUGUCAGUGCUGGUAGCAGGGAAGGCUUUGGGCAGUUCUGGGCUGGAACCUCGUCACCCUGUGGCAGCUGGUCAUUUGGAGACCUUACUGCUUACUACAGCAAGAAGCAAAAGCAAAAUUUUCCUAGAUCUCACUAAAAAAACCCCAAAACACUCCACCUCUCCCCUGUAGCCCUGACUGAACUCAGCUAGUCUGGGGAUGGAGGGAGCCUUCACUGUCACGUGGAACCUUCUUACUGGUAAACAUCAUUGCAGUGACCAAAAUAAAAAACAACUUUAACCUCUUUUAAAAAGAGUUUCCCAUGGGCUGAUUCAGGCAUCAAGCCACGGAAAGAGAGGAGCCCGCUGCAGAAGAGCCCACAUCGGCUAUCCCGGAGGGCUUGGACUGUUUUGUGGAGAAGAACAAAAUACAGCUUAGGGUGUACACUUUUUCUGUUCCCUGGAGGUAGAGAAUCUAAGAGGAAGAAGAGAGCAGCAAGAGCAGCUGGAGCACAGGGCAGGUAGUAAGACAGCCUGCUUCUGGCAACGGGAGAACUCCUCAGGGCCUCUCCCUCUGUCCCCAGCCCCUUCUGCACGGCCUGCAUACACCUCGCAGUAGUUCAGGCCCAAUACUGCAUCAGAUCGCUUGGCACUAAAGCGACGGCGUUGCAGCCUUCUCUCCACGGGGCUCUGCGCAAUCCCGGCGGGGCUCCCGGGAAGGAAGCCUGCCCUGUUUCCUCACACGGCUGGAGUGGAGCUAUCGACAGAACAAACCCUUGCAUUACCUCACACAUCCUUCCAGUCCUGUAUUCUGGCACCAGCACAAUCACGCCGCUUCCACCAGAACGUUACGUCCUGCUGCACCUUCCGAAAGGGAGGAAAUCCCACCCUCCCUCAGCCCUUCCAGAGAUAUCCAAAGUGGCACACGCUGUCCAAGGCUGGAGGGAGAAAUGAUGCCGAGAGUUGCAGUUCUCAAGCUCUGUCAGGGUGAAAUUGCACUUCCCAGGCUCCGAAUGGCACCUCCAGCAAAUUGUAAACAAGCCGAAUCCAGGACUUCUGCGGUCAGAGCCCGCCAGACUCAUGCUCCUUUAGGCUCCUUUUAUUUUGCCAUAGUCAAGCUCCCUCUUCUGUGCAGAGAUGAAGGCAGGCAAGAAACCCAGUCUGAUAUUUGUCUGAAGAAUCUCCCUGAAUCCUAGAGCACCCUAGGGGUUGGAAGAAAACAUUUUCACAAGUGUUUCCAUUGCUGUCUCAAAUUCAUUUGUCAUCAACAUAAAAAAAAAAAAAAGGAUGAAUUAGCAAAAAGAGGGUUUACUUAUACAGAGGGAUAUUUCUCUGCUAAAAACCUCCCUCAAAUAUGGAACAGGAUAAUAAAGUUAAAAUGUAAGGUAUC